GGAGAGCAGCCGCGCCCUCCACUCGCACCCGCGGGAAAGCCGGGCUGGGUGCAGACCCUCCCGGCCCGGAGGCCCGUUCCUCGCCAGCCAGCCUUCCAGCGGGGCACAGGGGAGGAAAGGGGGUGUCUUUCCAUUGAACGAACCAUUUUAAACCACUGUCCACGCGGCCGCCGGACCCGCGCGGCCUCCCUCUGCCUGCUCCUCCUUCCCCUCCAUCGAACAGAAAUACUACCGAGCUGACUUCGGUCUCGGCCUCCCGAACCAUGACCGCCCCAGACGCGGUUGUCACCAGUGAACUCGGGGAGUAGAAAUCCUUUCUCCUGCUUGGCCGUGGGAAAGUUGAAAAGCAAAGCCCCUUCCCACCCUUGCUAUUUGUCACCCUGGUCAUUCGCCCGAUUUAGGCUGUGUGGAGAAAAACCUGAAAAGUUAGCUUGUCCUGUUUCUGAUUCCAAGAGUGAGCCUGUCCGUGCACGUGAAUCUGAUAAUUCAAGGUCUCCGGGAACAGGGCAGUUACUGAAAAUUCAGGGUGGUGUUUGUUCUGCCGUCCUGGAGGCUGCAGAGCCUCGGCGGCCUUGGCGGUUCUAUGGAUGCCAACUGAACCACCUGCGGGCACCGGAACUGGAAAUUCAUAUGGUUUUCAUGUGUCACAGAAGUAUUUUUUCCCAACCACUCAAACGUGAGAAAAGCUGUUGAAGUUCACUGUCAGUAACUUGGUCAGUAAAAGCCGCCUGUCCAAUUAUAUAAUGCUUUAAUUUUAUUUCAAUGCAGAACUCAACUUGAACUUUUGUAAAAUUUAAUGAAUUCACAUUUUGCACCUCAUUUAUAUUUUGGCCUGAUUUUUCAGUUGCGUAAGUUGAAUUGUUGAAGUGUGGACAUGACACUACAUAAAAUAAAGCCCAGGCAUGCUAAGAAGUCACUCUACCCAAGCUGUAUCCCCCUAGCUUUUAAAACAACAACGUUGAAUUCGAGGCCAGCCUGGGCUACAGAGUGAGAUCCAGGAAAGGCGCAAAGCUACACAGUGAAACCCUGUCUCGAAAAACAACAACAACAAAAAAAAACAAAACGUAUUUUGUUACAGUGUAGUCAAGAAGUGCCUGGGCGGUCCUGAAACUGGCUACGCAGUCCAGACUGUCUUUGAAUUUGAAAUACCUCGGUCUCUGAAAAUGUGGACUACUUUCCGCUCUAAAGGUUCUGAAACUGUCAGCUUAACCAAUGUAUAAUCAUUUUCCUGCCUUCUUGAUAAUGAGAUGGUCUCCAGCUUGCCGUUACAGAUGUCCCUGUACUUCAACUGGUACUUUUUCCCGCUCUGGUGGGUGAGCUGCAUUGUGAUGCUUCACCUGAAGUACUCGGUCUUGCCCGAUUACUACAAAUUCAUUGUGAUCACUGUCAUCGUCCUCAUAACCUUGAUGGAAGCGAUCCGGCUGUACCUGGGCUGCAUGGGGAACCUGCAGGAGAAGGUUCCUGAGUUGGCUGGCUUCUGGCUUUUGAGCCUCCUGCUACAGUUGCCGUUAAUCCUUUUCUUGCUCCUUAAUGAAGGCCUGAGGAACCUGCCCUUGGAAAGAGCAGUACAUAUCAUCUUCACCGUCUUCCUUACUUUCCAAGUCAUCUCUGCGUUUCUGACCCUGAAGAAAAUGGUCAAUCAGCUGGCGGCCCGUUUCCACCUCCAGGACUUUGAUCGGCUGUCUGCAAACAGCGCAGUAGUGAGGAGGAGGAGGCCGUGUACAGAAGAGCUCUGACCCAGCGCUGAAGAGGUGACGUCUGCAGAUAAGGCAGGAAGACUGAGAGAGUGACAGGACACCUGAGACCAGGCUGAGAAAGGGCACAGGUGUCCUGGGUUGUGUCCUCCAGCUCAGGCUGAGAAAGGGCACGAGUGAUCUGGGUUGUGUCCUCCUGCUCUGAGAUUCCAUGGAGGCAAUACGAAGACGCACUAUGGUACAUGAAAGCAGUGUGUUAACCUUGGAGCUGAGGGGAGUCCAGCAGACACUAAAUUUCUUGUUUCUGAUGUUGACUUUUCAGGGGUUUAUUUGUAAGUGUAUUGGUAGUUGUAAUCUACUGCCCUUUCCUUAAUGUUUCUAGCUGUCAUCUGUAGCUGGAAAUGAAUGGAAUCUCAGGAAAGUCCGGUUUUGGCCGGUGGACUCUCGCUGCAUUUGUCAGCACACUCCAGGACAUGGCCACACCGGGAGCAGCUGGCCCACACAAGACAAACUCUGGUGUUUCUGUGGACUUUUUGUUUCGUUUGCUUUUGUUUUGACAUUUUUUUUUCUUAUUGUUAGGGGCCAGCAAGUGGGAGAGGAAUUGGGAAAGAGGGGAAAAACAUGCAAAAUGUAUGGUACCAAGAAAAAAAUUAAUAAAAACGAAAUGUGUGACAUCCCCUUUAAAUGUUCAGUUACCUAACUGGCUCUUCUGGGUUUCUUGGAGCACAUGGAAUGCUUGCUCACCAGCAUGCUCCUGCAAUAGAUGGUAUUUUAACCGGGACAAACUUUUGGGUGUGCCAGUGGUCAAUUCCGAAUCUCUUCUCAGUUGCCGUCCUGAGGGGACAGAGUGCUGUGGUGUUUUAUAGAGUUUAUCCCAAGGUGAAGGAGGUGACAUGUUAUGGUAUUUAAGGAAUAUUUUGUCAUAAAACCAUGUUCAGUAUUUGUGAUGGAGGCACAGACUGUUUUUUUUACCAUAAAUCAUAAGCUAUUUAUAUUAAAAUAUCGGUAAUGCA